GUCAAGCACAGGCACACACAAUCACGAGGGGGACCGACGGGGUUACCAGGAGUGUGUUCAUCUCACACUCGCACGCUUCCCCACACACACACCCACACACACACACACAGACAGGUACCCAGGGAGUUGGAGCAGUCAGAGAGACAGUGAGAGAGAGAGAGAGACAACUUCUCGGCUCAGACUCAUGGAGACUAUGGCUGCCAUGCUGGGGAGCUGCGGUGAGGACACGCCGGCCGCUCUGGCGCGCCUCGAGCGGACCAUGAUGGCCGUGGUGCGUGAGAUCCACGUGGACGUGGGCUCCUUCAAGCGGACGGUGGAGCGGCGCCUGGACGAGGCCUGCGACGUCAGCGGGCCCCUGCGGGAGGCCGUAGUCCAGCUCCAGCAGGAGAACCAGGAGCUGCGGGCACGCCUGGACGAGCUGGCACGGCGGGCGGAGGAGGUGCCCAUCCUGCGAGCCCGGCUGGACGAGCUCACACAGCAGGUGGAGGCCAUGCCAGUCCUGCGCAUCGAGCAGAAGGUCCCCAAGUCGAACGACGUCCAGUACACCUCGGCCACGCGCUCCUUCUCCAGUCAGCACACUGAGGAGAGCCACCAAAGCGUCGCAACGCACUCUGAGGCCGCCAGGAGCUCCGUGUCAGUGGUGCACUACCCUCCGAUGAGCUCAAGUGCAACUGAGUCUCAGCCUCCGGUCACUGAUUUCACAUCUAGCUCUGGUCAAGACUCGGCCCCUGAUGCUGUCGCAAACCACCCUCCUGGUUCUGUCUCCUUUUCAACUGCUGGUUCCGUCUUCAACUCAACUGCUGGUUCUGUCCAUCACUCUGUGGCUGGUUCUGUCCAAGAUUCUUCUGCUGGUUCUUUCUCUGAUUCAACUGUUGGCUCUCUUCACGUUUCGUCAACUGCUGGUCUUGUUCAUUGCUUGACCACUGAUUCUAUCUUUGAGUCCAGAACCACUGAUGCUGACCAAGAUCCAACGCCUGGUACGCCCCCUGAACCCACCCCUGGUUUUCUCCAUGAUGCCACCUCUGGAUCUACUCAUGAAGCUACAUUUUCCAAAGCUGCGUCUGGCUCUGUUUACAACUCCUCUGCUGGCUGUGGUUCUGAUUCUACCCAUGAUUCGGACAGUGGCUCUCUUUCGACCUGCUCAUAUGUUACACAGCAGGCUUUCAUCUCCAGCGCAGAGACCAGGGUCUUCCCAGAGUCAAACGGAGAUGUCCAUGAUGAAGCAAACAUGGAGCCAAUCUCCCAGAAUGGACACGAGAGAGACAUAGGUCACUUACAGGCCUUACCAGAGGCUCAUUUUGCGAGAUCAAAGGUGAAUGAGCAGCAUGGAACCCUGACAAGCCUGUCCACGUCUGUCACAGCCACUAGCAGAGCCACAGAACUAGCCGUCACCAGGAGCCCGAAGCUGGUGCCCCGACCGAGCAUCUUCACGCCUCAGUCGCCCAACGCAAUGUUCCGGAAGCCGUUUAGCCCAACAGCACCUGACACCGCCAUGACUACUACUAAACAUCUAUCCGAGUCCCCGAUGAAACCUCCAUCCCCCAACUCAGUGCCCUGGAAACCAUUCAACCCAUCCACAUCUGAUGUUGGAGGUCCCACUCCCAGAACAAUUCCUGAGUCUCCUACUAAAACUGCAAAACCAUGGAGCCCAGGUCUAAUGAAGAGGAGCUCAACUUUGCCAAAAUUGCCAGACAAACCCUCACCAAUACUCUCCAAUGCUCCUGCUUCUUUGUCCAACUUUAGCCCAUCAACAGAGAAAAGGAGGACUGAUUUUGCAGGAGGAGGAAACCCUUUUGCCAUUGUUCCAGAGAAGAAGCCUGAUCUGCUGCGGUCUCAUACUCUGCCAACAAUGCGGCACCUGGGGCCCCAAGCCAAACAAACCAUCCUUGAGAAGUCAGAGGCAGCUCUAAAUAAACUGGCGAAAACCCACGUAAGCACAAAACCCAAACUGACCCGUUCCCAGAGCUUUGGAAAUAGUGCCAGCAGUAUAAAACUGACUUUACUGGAAUGGGUUCGAUCCAAAACUAUUGGGUACAAGCACAUAGACAUACAGAACUUCUCAAACAGUUGGAGCGAUGGGAUGGCCUUCUGUGCUCUGGUGCACUCAUUCUUCCCUACUGAAUUUGAGUAUGAGUCCCUGAGCCCAACUAACCCCAGGAAGAAUUUGCAACUGGCUUUCAGUUUGGCAGAGAAAUUGGCUGACUGCUGGCGCCUUAUUGAGGUAGACGACAUGCUUGCCAUGGGGUCCAAGCCUGAUCCCAUGUGUAUUUUCACCUACGUGCAGUCCUUGUACAACCAUUUGAGGACCUUUGAAUGAGAUUCCUCAGAGUGUCCGUGGCAGCAUUCAUUGAUUCUUUCAGCAUUAAUCUCUGUGUUUUCCUUCACCAAAGUCCUCUCAAUUGAUCCUUGCAAGUGCAAUUUGUAAAGAGGAUAACCAGGAAACAAGCGCUUAACAGAUGGCAAUGUAAAAGCCUAUAGUUGAUGCUACUUUUAAUGACAAUAGUUGUAUUUGAUAAAACAACUGUAUUUUGUGUCAAAACAACUAGCUGGAAAGCUCUGAUAACAAAUAUCAGCACCAAUAUCUAUGAUGGCAGCUGAUGAGGAAGUACAGAUAUAAGUAAAGCUGGUGAGGACGGAGACAACAUUGGUGAGAUUAUGUGGAUAAUUGCGAUGAUGAACAGGACAGGUCGAUAAAGAGAAUGGGAAUGUAACUGUGGAGGACUAAGGGAUGUGGACUGUAUUAGACUAUGCAGUUCAGUGGAUGUGCAUUAAUGUAGCACUGCUGCGAAGGCAUGACUCCUUAAUAAUGUUUAGUGCUUGCCUUGUUGUGAUAAUGUACUGUUUUGCUAAAUCACAUUUCCCAAAUUAAAGCACUGAACAGUAA